AUGGGUCGGAGAUUCGUUUCUAGGUGGACAAGUGGCUUGGCAAUGCUAGUCUUCGAGAAUAAUAUCCUGCUUUAUACCGCGUUGUCCACGAUUCCCCGAGAACAAUAUCCCGCUUUAUACCACAUUGUCCUCGAUAAGAAUGAUACUAUUACACAGGUGCUUAGUUCAUCCCCUCCAGAUAUUUCUCUCAGGCGGGAUGUGAUUGGCCCCGUCUUAUGUCAAGGUUAUUCUCAGCUGUACGUACUCGCUUCAUAUACGGUCUAUGCUAUACCGAUCAAAGUGUCAAUCGUUGUUUAUGACGGGGCGCUAGAUGCUAAGCCGUCUGGAGCUGGAGGCCCGGCGCCGGAGCAGGGAGAGCACACCGUCAGCAUCACAGUCGUCGGAGCCUCCGGGGAUCUUGCCAAGAAGAAGAUCUUCCCGGCGCUCUUCGCCUUGUUCUACGAGGACUGGCUCCCCGAGCAUUUUACAAUCUUUGGUUAUGCUCGUAGCAAAAUGAGCGAUGAAGAGCUCAGGAACAUGAUUAGCAUGACCCUAACCUGCCGGAUUGAUCAGAGGGCGAACUGCAGUGAGAAGAUGGAUCAAUUUCUGAAGAGAUGCUUCUAUCAGUCCGGACAGUACAACUCAGAGGAAGGAUUUUGCGAAUUGGAUAGAAAGCUUACAGAAAAAGAGGCUGGAAAGCUACCAAACAGGCUGUUCUACUUGUCUAUCCCACCAAAUAUAUUCGUGGACGUGGUAAGAUCCGCCAGCCGCACCGCUUCACUGCCGAGUGGGAGUGGCUGGACGAGGUUUAUAGUGGAGAAGCCAUUCGGCCGCGAUUCUGAGUCCUCGGGGGAGCUUACCCGAUCCCUGAAGAUGUAUUUAGAGGAGGAGCAAAUCUUCAGGAUUGACCAUUAUCUGGGCAAGGAGCUGGUCGAAAACCUGUCGGUCCUCCGUUUCUCCAACCUUGUGUUCCAGCCACUGUGGUCGAGGGACUACAUUCGGAAUGUGCAGCUCAUAUUCUCCGAAGAUUUCGGCACCGAGGGUCGAGGCCGGUCUGCGCUACUCCGGCGUCCAGUCGGAUCUGAUAAGAAUGUUCAUUCAUUGGCCUACUUCGACAACUACGGGAUCAUCCGGGACAUCAUGCAGAACCACUUGCUGCAGAUACUGGCCCUGUUCGCCAUGGAGACUCCGGUCAGCCUCGCCGCCGAGGACAUUCGCAACGAGAAGGUGAAAGUGUUGCGAUCGAUGAGGAAGCUGAAGGUGGAGGACGUGGUGGUGGGGCAGUACAAGGGCCACACGCGGGGCGAGAAGUCGUUCCCGGCGUACGUGGACGACCCGACGGUGCCCAACGACAGCGUGACCCCGACGUUCGCGGCGGCGGCGCUCUUCAUCGACAACGCGCGGUGGGAUGGGGUGCCGUUCCUGAUGAAGGCCGGCAAGGCGCUGCACACGCGGCGGGCGGAGAUCAGGGUGCAGUUCCGGCGCGUGCCCGGGAACCUGUACCGGGGGAGCGUGGGCGCGGACCUGGACAUGGCCACCAACGAGCUGGUGCUCCGGGUGCAGCCCGACGAGGCCAUCUACCUCAAGAUCAACAACAAGGUGCCCGGGCUCGGGAUGAGGCUCGACAGCGGCAACCUCAACCUCUUCUACUCGGAGCGGUACCAGCGGGAGAUACCGGACGCGUACGAGCGGCUCCUCCUGGACGCCAUGGAGGGGGAGCGCCGGCUCUUCAUCCGGAGCGACGAGCUCGACGCGGCCUGGGCCAUCUUCACGCCCGUGCUCAGGGAGCUGGAGGACAAGAGGGUGGCGCCGGAGCUCUACCCGUACGGCAGCCGGGGCCCCGUCGGCGCGCACUACCUCGCCGCCAACUACAACGUCAGGUGGGGGGACAUCAGCAGCGACGGAUCCUUCUAG